GGCGGCGCGGAGGUGCGGCGCGUCCGCGAGGGCAACGUCCUCAACGAGAAGGCCAAGGGCAAGACGCGCGAGGGCGCCGAGGAGAAGCUCACGAGCGGCGACCUGCUCUCCAACCGCCGCAUGUUCCACCUGCUGCGGGCCGCCUUCCCCGGCGUGCAGAUAAAUUCUGAAGAACAUGUUGAUGCAACUGAUCAGGAGACAGUCUCUUGGGAUCGUAAUAUUCCUGAAGAUAUAAAGGAAAAAAUACAGUCUAAAGAGGUUCCAGCAGAAAGUGUUACUGUCUGGAUUGAUCCGUUAGAUGCCACACAAGAAUACACAGAGGAUCUUCGACAGUAUGUCACAACUAUGGUUUGUGUGGCUGUAAAUGGUAAACCUGUAAUAGGAGUGAUACACAAGCCUUUCUCAGCAUAUACAGCCUGGGCAAUGGUGGAUGGCGGAUCAAAUAUAAAAGCUCGUUCGUCCUACAAUGAGAAAACCCCAAGGAUUAUUGUAUCCCGUUCUCAUGCAGGAAAAGUCGAGCAGGUUGCACGGCAGACAUUUGGAAAUAAAACUGUGAUAAUCCCCGCUGGUGGAGCAGGUUACAAAGUGUUGGCUCUCCUUGAUGUUCCUGAAAAGAAUCAAGAAGAAGCUGAUGUGUAUAUUCAUGUCACUUAUAUUAAGAAGUGGGACAUAUGUGCUGGAAAUGCUGUGCUGAGAGCAUUGGGUGGCCAUAUGACUACCCUGGCUGGUGAAGAAAUUAGUUACACUGGCUCAGAUGGCAAUGAGGGAGGACUUAUAGCCAGUAUCAACAUGAACCAUAAAGCACUGAUUGAAAAACUUCCAAAUCUGGAAAAAACAUCACACAAAUAAACUCAACUGGUGGAAAAGUCCAAGUAAUGCUUUUGUAGUCUCCAGAUGCUCUGUCUGAAGAAGCCGGUGUGAAAACCUGCAGGGAAAGAUGCACAGCAAAGCAAAGCAAUUUGGUGUGGGUUUGGGGACUGUAGAGUACAUUGGGUUGCUUGAAUGGUGGUAUUUAAAAAAAAAAAAAAAAAGUGGAAGUAGAAAGGUGGCUGACCUCCUCCCACCU